ACUGGCGGGAAUACUAUGUUCAUGUGUCUCUACUGUUUGGAGCUAUAAGUUACGAGUAUUUCGAAAAAAGUCACACAGUGCCUUUCUGUUAGUAUUAAAAUCAUCAGUAUAGCAGACCUCACUGCUGGGACAACCUGUCAUGAUGAUGUUGUGGACACACAAGUAGUUGGAUUUUAUCAGUGUUGGGGGUAAAUCAUUACAAGUAACGUGAGUUACGUAAUCAGAUUACUUUUCCCCCCCAGGUAACAAAUAAUGCAUUACUUUUAAAUUUGCAACAAAAUAUCUGCAUUUUUUUCCCCCUUUAAAUAAGUAUGGGGAGACUGGGGCUGCAUCCGAAAACCUAGACUUGCUGCCUCGCUGCCUUAUCAGACAAUGACUUGUAAGGCAGCGUUUGUGCAUGAAGGCACCUCACAAAAAUGAUUUCAGACAGACUUCUGAGGCAGCAUAACAGUUUAAUAAUCUACAGCAAAAUAGAGUGAGCUUUGGUAAGAACAAAACAUUUAAUUACUACAGUAGUAAUUUCUCGCUAGAAAUGACAUCAAAAGUGGAAAAUGUUGGUCAAAAACGUACAUUUACACACAAACUGAACAGCAAAUCUUUAUUUUUCUAGCUCAACUGUCACAGAAUGGAAAGCACAGGAUUGUGGGAUAUCAAAGGCAGCGAAGGAUAUAUCUAUGCUGCUUUCAAAAAUUGAUCAGAUGAAGGUAUCCCAGGAAACAGGAAGUGAAGCUAACAUUGGAUUCGGACGUGCAUUGAUACCUUCCUAUCUUGAAAUGUGUCCUCCUAAGGCAGCAUUUUCCAGUUUUCAGACGCAACUGACUGAAUUUUUGAGCUAGACUGCUCAAACUUCUAUACAAAGUAUACCCACAUUUGUUUACUACAAAAGGCACCAAUUUAAACCUCUGCAAGAAUAUCACAGCCCUUAUGUCAAAUACAUGGUGUGCCUUUGUUACAAUCUAGGCUACCCCACUACUUGUAACACAUGCUAGGUUGUAACACAUGCUGGGGUUGUAACAAUUAGACAAAAAAAAAAAAAAAAAAAAGCAAAAACAGUGGCCAUAUAAAAAUAUCUUAAAUAGCCUGUGUCUUAAAUGUCUUAAUGUCUUAAAUAGCCUGUGCAUAGCACUUCGUUUUAUAACAUGAGACUGACAGAAUAUCAAAUGACAGAAAAAAAACCUGAGUGCCCAUAUAGCUACAGACAUAAACUUCAUAACCCAAAGUAAUACGAUGCACUUACUGCCCUAUCUCUCUCCCUAUCUCUCUCUCUCUCUCUCUAUUUUAAAUAGAUGUAUCAUUAUUGUUAAUAUUAUUGUUAUACAAAUACGUGUGCCUUUCUAAUAAGAAUAAAAAAAAAAACUUAAGAAAAUCAACAAAUUGUGAUAAAUGUCUUUAAAUAUUUGUAUAAGAAGAAGAAUGGAUUUUUUUUUUUUUUUUUUUUUUAUUUUAUUUAAAACCCGUAACCUCCUGACUUUUGUUUUGACUUAUUGAGGUGAAUUUUUAUAUGGAUAAAACCCCACCAAACGACCAUACUUUCUCCCCACAGGCUGGCCACAAAUAAAUAAACUGCUAUCGUUUGUUUUGGAGAAGUGUGUACUCACUCAUUUCAGUCAGCAGAUGGCGCUGUUAGUUUGACCAAUUAACUGCGGGGCAGCGUUCAAUUUUGAAGGACAAUUGAGAAUGAUUUUCCUUUUUGCCUUCAGUGACAAGAAAGAUCAUUUUCAUAUUUUGGCUCAAAUAUUAACAUGACAAAACAAAAUAUAGUGUCCGCUUUACCAGGACACCAGUGUAGUCGACCGAGCAGCGUAUUGAUUUCAACAUUGGACUGGAAAUCCAAUCUUCUUCCCAAUGCUGGGGAACGAACACACACACACACACACACACACACACACACACACGUUUGUUUUUGUGAAUUGUGGGGACAUUCCAUAGGCAUAAUGGUUUUUAUACUGCACGUAUUUUCUAUCGCCCUAUACACUACCCCUACCCCUAAACCUACCCAUCACAGAAAACUGUGCACAUUUUGACUUUCUCAAAAAAAAAAAAAAAAACUCAUUCUGUAUGAUUUAUAAGCCUUUUGAAAAAUUGGGACAUGGGGUAAUGUCCUCAUAAGUCACCCUCUUAUAAGUCGGUGGGGUUUCAUGUUUUGUGGGGAUAUGAUGUAAUUUUUUAUACUGUACAAACUGUAUAAUUAUAUCCCCUAAACCUACCCUUCACAGAAAACUUUCUGCAUUUUUACAUUUUCAAAAAACAACACAGUACGAUUUAUAAGCUGUUUUCCUCAUGGGGAACAAAAAACGUCCCCACAAGGACAAGGACUGCCAUACUUUGUCUCCUAAACGUAGGGUUUACCUACCAGGACCACACACACACACACACACACACACACACACACACACAAGCAUCUUUUCCAGUGUAGAAAAUAGUAUUUCGCUCACACAAGCCCCCUCCUCCCGUCCGUCCCUCACACCCACUCUCUUCUUCUUUCUCUUAUUCUCCUGUUCAUGCCAUAUCAUGUGCAGAAGAGCCGAAAGUGCACAGAGAACACAGCCCGUGCAUUUCACACGGACAUCCAGAGAAACCCGAGCAGAAGAGAGAUUAUACAAUGAUGCAACAGUAAAGUGACAAUAUAGCAGGGGUGCACCUUCAGCUUUCCUGACUAAAUUUUACAGUCUAAAUUUACUCGAGGAAAAAAAAAAAGUUGGCAGAGAGACCUUGCCCUGCCUGGCGACCUUUUCAGCUACUUUUGAAAGUGAAAAAGGCACCAAAGCCAUGCAACAGAGAAAGUAAGUUUCCUUUUUGUGUUUUUAAAAUACAAAUCCCCUUCCCACCGGUUUAAUGAAAGAAACGUGCUGAAGUUAUGGCAGCGCUGAGGCGUAAAUUUGGAGAGGACUACCAGGUGGUGAACACGAACAGAGCCGCGACUUUCCCCAGCGCGCCGGUGAAGAAGAAGCGCCAGCGCUUCGUGGAGAAGAACGGACGCUGCAACGUCCAGCACGGGAAUCUCGGCGGAGAGACCAGUCGCUAUUUAUCCGACCUGUUCACCACGCUGGUGGACUUGAAGUGGCGCUGGAACCUUCUCAUUUUCAUCCUUACGUACACCAUCGCCUGGCUGGUCAUGGCCUCGAUGUGGUGGAUCAUCGCAUAUAUAAGAGGGGACUUAAAUCAUGGUCAUGACGCUUCGUACACUCCGUGCGUCGCCAAUGUUUACAACUUCCCGUCAGCGUUCCUCUUUUUCAUUGAAACCGAGGCGACCAUUGGCUACGGUUACCGCUAUAUAACUGAGAAGUGCCCUGAGGGCAUCAUCCUGUUCCUGUUCCAGUCUCUGCUGGGGUCGAUAGUAGACGCGUUUCUCAUCGGCUGUAUGUUCAUUAAGAUGUCUCAGCCCAAGAAGCGCGCGGAGACGCUCAUGUUCAGUCAGGACGCGGUGAUCUCACAGCGAGACGGAAAACUCUGCUUAAUGUUCCGCGUGGGCAAUCUGAGGAACAGCCAUAUGGUGUCCGCACAAAUCAGGUGUAAACUCAUAAAGUCUCGUCAGACCCCUGAGGGUGAGUUCCUGCCGCUGGAUCAGUGUGAACUGGACGUGGGCUUUGGAACAGGUGCUGACCAACUCUUCCUGGUCUCUCCCCUCACCAUUUGCCAUGAGAUCAAUCCCAAAAGCCCCUUCUUCGAUCUGUCCCAGCGCUCGCUUAUGAACGAGCAGUUUGAGAUUGUCGUCAUCUUGGAGGGCAUUGUAGAGACCACGGUCACAUGCUUGUCAGUUUGAUGUAUGAGCUUCAAACCUCGCUCGAGAUCGAUCUGUUCCUGGUGUCUUUUAUGCAGGCAGAGUGUGAGGAAGUAAAGUGACUGAGAAAGGCAGAAUGGGAUUUUCUUUUAAGGAUGUGAGAGGAGGAGGAAGACGACAGUGGUUCUUUUUACAUUCUUUUUUCACUACACAAAUAAACAGAAAUAUAAUUAGAAUUUUCUUUCCUGUCUCCUUCUCAUUUUUUUUUUCAAUCAAAUAUGAUUCUCAUGUAAUUUUUAGAGGUGUUUUCUAAACAUCACUAUUACUUUUGCUCUUAGGGUUAGUUAUUUGACCAUUUGCCUAUUACUCUAAGUAACUUUGAAACAUAACAAGAAUGACACCUCAAAUCAUUGGGGUGAUGCGUGCUAUUAAUUGCAUUUCCAACAUAAUUGGAUUUUUCUAACAAUAAAAUGAAUAUAAAAAAAUCCCUUGGAUUUAAAUUGAAGGAGUGACUUAAUAUGGACCAGAUUAGAGACUUGAGCCAGUAAGCAACAGCAUUAUUUAAGUAUCAUUUAUACACAAUUACAGUAUUUAUUAAUAUAAUGAAUUAUAUUUUUAGGUUGAUUAUUUUUUAUAUUUAUAAUUUCAUUUUAAAUUCAGUUUAAGUUUUAUUAAUUUUGUUAUGUGAUUUUGUCAUUUUUAUUGUUUUUUUUUAUUUCUAUUUAUCUUUAAUUUAUAUUUCAGUUUUAUUUUUAGGAUUUUUAGUACUUCAAAUUAAACUUAUUUUAUUUCAGUUAGUUGCCAAGGCAGCAUUUCUAAUUUUCAUAUAGGUUUUUUUAAGUGUAAGUUUUUCAUCUAAUAUUUAGAUUUUAUUUCGGGCUUAUUCACAUUUUCAAUUCAAUUCACAUUUAUUUGUAUAGCAGUUUUCACAAUACAUAAUCAUUUCAAAGCAGCUUUUACAUAAAAUGCUUUACUUCGAAAAUGCUUUCCCAGCAGUUAAUGACCACCCUGGGAAAAAAACCCUAGAAAUUGCGUAUCAAUGCAAUCCUGGAAUAUCUUAGUCCUUGGAAAGCAUGUAAGCCCCACUGACACUGUAAUCAGAAAAUGUAAAAACUAAUUUAAAAAAAGUAUUUUAUUUAUAGGCUAACUAUUUUUAUGAAUUCUUUCACAUCUUUUAACCUUUCAGAAGUCAGAAGAAACCAGAAAUUUAAUUCAGUUAAUAGAUGUUUUAUUGUAAAUUACCAUUGAUAAAAUGGAAACACUAUGCAGGGGGCCUUUCGAUUUGAACUGUCGCUCUCUCAGAGAGACAAUAUAAGAUGGAAACAAAGCGUUGCUCAUGAUUACAGGUGUUACAUCAGCGAUAGACACAAAACUUAUCAAGCAUAUCAGUGCACACCAGAGGAAGACUCCUGUUAAACCAUCUAUUAACUCACAAACUCUUUUAAUUCAGUUCUUGUCAGGCCAGUAUCGGGGUAAACAGUCGUGUGGUGAUUUAAAAAAACUCCCUGCUGUUUGGGAGCUGAGGCCUGUCAUGUACUCAUAAGUGCUUAUUGAUCCACUGAAGCCCUGGACACAGACAGAAAUGUCAAGUUAAUCAUUUUACAGACGCAAUGGUACAAGAAAAAGCUAUGACUCUAUAUUCCUUUUAGGACAUAUUAAGGGCUUUGCAUGAACAUUUGCAGCUCACAGAAUUAAAAUGUCUCAUUUUAAAUUGCAUCUUUACUUUGUAUAAACUAAUAAGAAAUAACAAAGAAUGAAAUAAAUGUGCAAUUUAGUUAAAUAGACUAAAUGCAAGUGUGAAAUAGGCUUCCUUUAAUCAAUGCCUUAGAUCAGACUAGAGACGAAAGACAGACCCUAAUUAUGUAUGCCGAAGGAGUAUUGCGCAAUCAAGAGUCUUACUGUGAAGACUGUGAAAUUUGUUUUGCUUUAAAUGAGAGCUUAAAAAGCUGCUUUCAACUGAAACGCAGUAAAGCCAUUGAUACAUUCACAAAACUUCUUGCAGCAUUGAUCCAUCAUUUAAGCCUUUAGAAGAAGCCAGGCCACCCCACUGCUCCUACUCAGCACGAUCACUCCGGCAGCAAAAUAUAGGAUUUUCAGUGUGAUUAAUGUCACAUAAACUGGUUUAAUUACAUGGGAUGAUGUAGUGCCAGCAGAAAUGCUCACAGAAAAUGAGUUGCUGGGAUUUUCAUCCUUCAUUUUUGAGGCUUGUUCAUGUUUUGUAUUAGGUGCUGCUAAUUAGUAGGCUAUUUAAUGAUAAUUAUUUAAUCAUGAGCAAGACCCACACAGAAGCUCUAUGGACUUGGAACACCUUUCACUGAUGAAUUUACAUACAGAUCCCCUGCCCAUGCAUAUUUGUUUAUUAAAUAUUUGGCUAAUUUGAUGCUUUCAGCUAUCUGUAAUACUCCCAAGCCAAGUACAAUGGAAAUAGUCUCAAUAAAGCCACAGCAGAAUUAGCCAUUAUGCGGCAACACACAAUACUGGUGUUUAAUUCAAGAAUGAUUCAGUGUUUUCACAUGAAAUGUUUGAGUGAAGAUGUGUGUUGGAUGUGUGCAGUGCUGACGUGAAAGUACCGCGAGAGCAAUCCGAAAACAUAUGGAGCCGUCUGCUCUCUAAUCGCUCUUGCAGUACUUUGAUGUCAUACACCUAUCAGUCUGCUUUAAGUCCAACACACCCAAUGAUUCAAUUUCUCACAAAUAAUACCUUGGUAUGAAUUAAUCAAUGUUUUGAACAAAUCGUUUGAGUGAAAGAUUCAAUGACUCACUCAUAUAAUCACUUGUUUUGUUCAUGAAUAAAGUACCAGUGUUUUGAACAAAUUGGUUGAGUAAAUGAUUCAAUGACUUAAUGAUUCAUGAUCACUUGUUUUGUUUAUUAACGAAUCAAUAUUUUUGAAUGAAUCAAUUAAAUGAAUGAUUCAGUUACACAUUCAUAAUCACUUAUUUAAUUUAUGAACAAAGCUGUGUUUUGAACAAAUCAUUUAAGUGAAUGCAUGUACUUCAUUGCAAUAUUUGAUUCGGUUUGCUUGUUUCAGUGAACAAACUAGUUCAAUGACCCACUCAUAAAGAAAGUAAUUUGUCGCUAACUAAUGGCAAAGUAACCAGCAGAAAAAGGGACACUAAAAUAUCCCCAGACUAAGUCUCAGCCAAUCAAAUUUAAGUACUGGAACUAUUUCAUAAUAUAAGCAUAUACCUUUUUAAACACCAUUCUGUUUGAAAUUGCACAUAUGCAUACAGCAUAACAGCAUACAUUUUUCAUCUCUCUUUUUAUUUAUUGGUUUAUCCCCAUGAAAAUAAUGACACAUUCCUCUGCAGAAAAAAAAAACAACAAAAAACAAUGUAUUUUUUAGGAACUCCAAUUGUUUAGUGAUUGCUCUAUUGAUUGUUUUUCAUUUUAUUGAGGAGCAGAUUGGAUUUUCAGUCUUCCUGGCGGGGUUUAUAAGUGUAAGAGCAUGGCCGUGUAAAGCUAUGGCUGGGCUGUGUUUAUGACUCACUGAAUGGCCCUCUGGCUGAAUUAUGGUUGCUGGAGUCUUAAAACUCUGCCUUGCAUGGCCUUCUCACGCACAUUAUGUACUGAGAGUCUUUAAAUCACAUUCCGGUAAGACGGAGGAAUAGGACAGUAUAAAUCAUUCUCAUGGCCAGGCCAACCUGACACAAUGAAAGCCUCCGUAAUACGUUUUGACCAUAAACCUUUCUUCUCCAUUGUAAUGCUUGU